GCCCACUCUUGACCGGGUCAGAUGUCAGGCAAGGACCCUUGAUAUCAGUGGCUCUCUCCCGCCCAGUGCCACUUGGGACCUCACAGACUAUGAAUACAGUAGUGCCAUAGAUGAACAUGUACAGCACAGAGGAAGAGUUUGCAAUUAGAUACUGUCCACGAGGCUUCCCAGGUGGUGCUAGCGUAUGAAAACUUUAUUUUGCAGUAAUAAUUCUAAAAUAUACUAAGCAGGCCAUCUCAUACACAAGUGUCGAGGUUAGCUUAAGUUGUUAUUAUAGUCAGUGAUAGUCAACAAAAUUCUUAAGAACUGAAAACUGACCAAUAAGAGAGUUGAGGUGUGGGGUGCAGUAUGUCUCCGUCGCGGGUGUUGACGCUCCUGCUGGUGUUGCUUGUCGUGUUGUCGCUACUCACAGACGACACCGAGGCUGCUCGUCGUCGUCGUCGUCGCCGCCGUAUGCGAGGUAGAAGAGCGAGGGAGGGCGGAGUGAGGCGUGGAGCUCGUAGGAUACGCCAUGCAGCAGGGAAGAGAGCGGAGUUUGUCAGGAGGCGACUGAGGAAGGCAAGAAGGAACGAUGAGGAGGGUAAAAUGAGGCUUAUCGACGGUCGUGCUGAGUGGGAGGGCAACGUCCAGGUCUACCAUGAGGGUCGGUGGGGCAACAUCUGUGACGAUGAGUGGGAUGAGAGGGAGGGCCAGUUAGUGUGUCAGCUCCUAGGCUUCCCGGGUCUCGAGAAGGUUACCUACAGUGGCGUCUAUGGCCAUGUUAAAGACAGAUAUUGGAUGGACAACCUCUUCUGUGUAGGAACGGAGAAGAACAUAACCGGGUGUAGGUUUGAUGGCUGGGGGGUACAUGACUGUGAGAACGAUGAAGCUGCUGGGGUGGUGUGUAAGUCCCACUUUGCUACCACUCUCUCCCCGCCCACGCUGCCACCCAGGGACCAGCCACAAAUUGUCAACAAGACCAAACUUACGCAUGCCCUCGAUGGGAAGUUGAAACUGCGUCUGAGGGGCGGCAGGACGAAGACGGAAGGUCGUGUAGAGGUGAAGCUGCCAGGGAACGGCACUUGGGGUCUGCUGUGUGGUGAUGGAUGGAGUUUGUUUGAGGGUAUGGUUGUGUGCCGCCAACUGGGACUAGGCUAUGCCCAGGGAGCUUUAUCUACAGGAUACUUUGGAGGCAACAAGUCAGACGUUGUCAUCAGCGGUAUCAAGUGUGUUGGCAAUGAGGACAGACUAGAGCACUGCCUCCAUGAUGCUGUUGGUGAUGUGUUUUGUCCAGACCCAACCUCUGACCCUAACAUUGCUGGGGUCACUUGUGUCAACAGAAUCGCUGACCUAGUUCCUGACCACAUUGAGCUGGCAAGAUCGGCACAUCUGGAGGACAAGCAGCUGUUCUUCCUGCAGUGUGCCAUGGAAGAGAACUGCCUCGCUGCCUCUGCUGUCAAGUCUCAGGAUAGUGGCUAUGGUUGGCACCUGGAGACACGCCGUUUGAUGCGCUUCACUGCCCGCAUCGUCAACCAGGGUGAUGAAGCUUUUCGUCCCUUCCUUCCUAAGCAGUACUGGGAGUGGCACGCCUGUCAUAUGCACUACCACAGCAUGGAGGUGUUUGCUCACUAUGACAUCAUUGACUCUGCGGGCAACCGAGUCGCUGAGGGACACAAGGCAUCAUUUUGUUUAGAGGACAACAACUGCCUGCCUGGGGUUGAACCUAUUUUCAAGUGUGCCAAUUUUGGGGACCAGGGUAUCAGCCCUGGAUGUACCGACACUUACGCCUACAACAUUGACUGCCAGUGGGUUGAUAUUACUGAUCUAAAGCCCGGGACAUACACAUUCAAGGUAGCAGUUAAUCCUGAAUACAAAGUGGCCGAGAAGAGCUUCGAUAAUAACGCAGCCGUGUGUGAGCUAAUCUACAGCGAGACAAGUGCAUGGGUUGGCAACUGCUCGCUUGCACGGCCAUGAGUGUCCAGUGCAGCUUGUCAGUCAUCUUUAAGAGUUGCUUCCCCCCUCCCUCCCUCCCUCAGCUUCACCCAUGGAUGGAGUGCAUGAUAAAAUAUUCCUUUCUUACCUAGUGAGAUCACUUAAAACAACAUUUCAGCAUUUAAAUCUCAUGUACAGUUGGAAACCAUAAUCUCUAGCCCACCUGGGUCGAUGCUGGAGGUUAGUACAGCGUCCUUUCUGGACGGGUGCCCACUCUAAGCAUCACGAGGCAACACGCGCACGAACACACAGUCCUCGUGAUAGUUAGAGUGGGCUCCCGUCCAGAAAGGAUGCUGUACUAACCUCCAGCACUGACCCAGGUGGGCUAGAGAUUAUGGUUUCCGAGUGUAUAUAAGUGUAAACAGUAUUUAUGUGUAUGGUUGUGUGUCUUAAAAGUGAUCUGUAUAUUUAUACCCUUGGCUCCUUAUCAUCGUUUGGAAUGCUUGACCAGCCUACCAUAACCCUUGUGAUGUAUAUUGUGAACCACUAAAAGUAGCCUAAAAUAGGAUUAAGGUAAUAUAUACUGUAUAUAAAUCUACUGUAUUGUACAGUACAUAUAAACCCUUAUCUAUAUUCAUAACAGUAUACAAUGUCAGAGAUAUUUAGUACUGUAAUUAGAAAUUAUUUGUAAUAUUUGUCUUGUUGAACUUUAACAUUCUUAUAUUCUACUGUACAUGAUCUUGCAGUUUGUCAGAUUCUCAUUUUAAGGAGUCAUCAUCCCUUGACAAGACAGACCUGCCACAUAUCGUUACAUAACAACCGGUAGUAUUCUUGGCUGGAUGUGACCCACUUGCCCAAGACACUCACUCAAUUACCUACCUCUUCACCACUGAUUCACUGACCACAUCUUUAUGCUCUUUGCCCCCAGGUCAGCUCACUAGCCACUUGCCAUUCUUCUCCAAUACAACAGAAAAAUGAAAAGAAAUUAAUUUAAUUACAUUUUGUUUACCUCUUAUUAUAUUAAGUUUUAUUGUUCCCUAGUUCAUCCUCAAUAUUUUCUCAAUGAUGCGACGUGCAGUACAGUACCCUUGAUCUGAUAUACAUUAUAACAGAAUCAUAGGUUAUUGACUCAAAUAUAGCACCAUUGAGGAAAAAAUAAUAAGCAUCUCAGUAAGAAAGAAAGCACCUUUACUUUCUAAGAUGAUCCCACUCAGGUUGUUUAUCAAUAAUGUUUUACCUAUUGUACUAUAUAUGUUAUAUUUAUUUGUAUCACCUGAAGAUCAGUCCCCCUAGUUUAUUUCACCUGACGAUUAAACACACUAAUGCUACCUGGUGGAGUUAGGUGAGGUUAGAAUUAAGGUGAAAUAAAGCUUGGUGGGAAUAUCAGGUAAUCUUGAGGUGAUGUAUUUAUUCUUCUAAUUAUUUCCUUUAAUACUGAUAACAAGUUUGCCUACUGAUUUCAGCUGGCAAUAAAUCCCGAGUUCAAAGUAGCAGAGAAGACAUUUGACAACAAUGCUGCGGCUUGUGAGUUCAUAUAUGGUUCUCAGGGUGUGUGGCUGGGCAACUGUACCUUGGGUAGGCCGUAAUCUAACUUUCUGAAAUAUCCUGGCAGUUGGUGGGCAGAAAAAGCAACAACCGUAUCUGACAUGGCUCUCUCAAAAUACUAUUACCCUGUAGUUGAAUUUUUUAUUUAAUGAAAUACAAUACUGUACAUAAAACUUGUUUACAAAUUUCAUAUUUUCUUAUAAUCAUUCAGGGAUGGUAAAUAAUAAUAAUAGUACUGGCAGUUACUGCAUUAAGUUGUAUCACAAACUUUAAUUAUGAUCUUGUGUUAUUCAUUAUCUUGUGUGUACUAACACAGACUGCCCCCCUCCCACACACACUACAAGCCCAACAAAUAAAUGAUCUUUGGGAGGCUGAGAGCAACCACUUCUUGUUGCCAAAUAUUUGUCUUGAAAUUUGUAGUGUCAUAUUAUAUAUAUAUAUUUUUCUUUCAAUUUAUUUAUAUUGUGUACCCUUAGUAUGACAAUAUAAAUCACUAAACUUAAUAUAUAUAUAUAUAUAUAUAUAUAUAUAUAUAUAUAUAUAUAUAUAUAUAUAUAUAUAUAUAUAUAUAUAUAUAUAUAUAUAUAUAUAUAUAUAUAUAUAUAUAUAUAUAUAUAUAUAUAUAUACACACUGUACUGUAUAUACUUACCUUAGGUAUAUUUUUACAUCUUAAACAGUGCUCAAUAAUGGUACAUUCGCCUCUCUUGUGCUACUGAGUGUUAGUGCUGUGAGAGGAGAACUUUGUAUACCUGUUGUACAGGUAUUCUAAUAUGGCCCACCCAGUUGACAAACAAUGGUGUGGACAAGUUUAUGUGAUAUCGACUUGUUGCCUUCAAACCUUGAAUGGUGACCAUUGUCUUUAAAGUGCCGUUUUUAGGAACUUAGUUAUGACUGGAAGGUGUGACUGGUACAUAAAUUUGUCCCAGCCACUAAUGUUGAGGGGAAUACCUGGAUUUUAAACACAAUAAAUUUAUUAGUACUGUACAAUGCAUGACUUGAUUAGAUUGGGUUCGGCCAUAAAGUGGGAUUUGUGGAUCAAUUCUUUAUUUAUAUACUUAAAACAUCCUUUACUAGCAGGUUUCAUUAACACUUAUAUUAAGUAAUGCACCAAUACUAGUGAGUCACACUUCCCAUCUGUGUACUUUGUACUUAAAUCACACAUAUUCCGCAUAACUCCUGCAGGUAAAUAUUUCUAUCUCUAAGGUUCCAUUCUUGAAUCACAGGAUUGUUGUUGGUGAAAUAACUGGGUUUUACAGUAAAAGGAUUGUCUUUAUUGAUGUCAUUUUGGAAAGUUUGGAGUAGCCAGUUAGCACAAUUUCUCUAUGAUUAAAAGUUGGCACAAAGUUAUGGUGAUACUCUAUAGUGUUGUUGUCCUCACACAGUGACGUGUGGUUAGUGGUUAGCCUUUGGGCAACUGACCACCAGGUAAUCAAACCUUAGGUGAUUAACAAUUGGAUAAUUGAUAUCAAGUGAAAGAGAAAAUGGACAUUUGAUCAAUGAUAAUUUAUUCUAUAUACUGUACUGUACUUUGCUAAAUAUCCUCUUCUAAUGUAUUUUUAUAACCCAACCCAUUAACAAUCCAUAAGGGAUAUAGAACACAUUUAAUUAUCUUCAACAUUUCAAACAGGGUAUUAAUAAAGAGUCAGGCUUUGUUUGUCCACACAUAGUACAGCAGAUUUUAUGCAUUGAUCUUGAUGUUUUACGCAUUAACUAAUAUGAAAUUGUUUCCGUACAUUUAAGUUUCUUAAAUGAGCAUAUUUUGGGGAAGUCUUUACUCAGUGGAUAUUUCAAAUACAGUACUGUAUAACAUUGUGCAAUGUAGGUGAACUGUGUUGCCCUCACAUAGCAAUUUUUGUGUUCUUUGAAACAGACUUUUAAUUUGUAUAGUACAAUUGUUAUCUGCUGAGUAAGACUUGUUACUAGUACCGGUAGUUGCUGGUGGUGUGGCUUUCUGUUCAACACUGUUUACUCCAGAAGGCUGUGUUAACUCUGUGAGUUUGUAGUAACAAAAGCUACUCGUGUUAUUUUACUUUUAAGGAUGUUACUAAUAAAAAAAAUGGAUACAGCAUUUGUCUCCUGUCCAAUGGGUUACUGAUGUGGACCCAGGGGACCUCAAUUGAUUCACACAUUGUGAAAGGGGUACUGACUAGUUCAGGAAGUGAAGGUAGUUGAGUGCAUUGCUUGCUCCAAACAGGCCAUCAGGUCUGUGCAACUCAUUUCAACUUUAAGUAUAUAAUUUAUUAGAAUGAAGUGAUCAUAAUUAUCUGUUUUGAUAGGAUCUAAAUACAGUACAAAUACUGUGGUUGGAAAAUCAAUUUUCUUUAUCUAAGAGUUGUAUAUAAAGGCCAUUAAUGUCUUACAAGUAAUUAUCAAUAACAGUUGUGUCAACAGUUUGUCUUUAAGAAUGACUUUCCACAAAUUGUUACAUCCAUGAUCUGUUUGAAGUGAUCACGUCUCAUAAUUUUGGAAAAUAAGGUGCUAUUAUAGUAGGGCUUGUGGGAGGUGUAUGAGGAUUGUACUGUUGGGGGAGGUUCAGCCUUACCUCCCUGCUCUACAAGAUGCUUCUCUUAUGACAUACUGUACAUGUAAAAAUUUCCCAUGACUGUUAUUGCAUUAUUCUUGUAUGUUGUGUGAAGCUACUGGCAACUAGACUAGUGUAGACUUCAGCAGGUUACUAUGGUGUUACUCUCACUGCCAUCAUGUAAUAGUCAAGUAAUUUUAAGCUCCACAUAUUUCUUAUAAUGAUCAGGCAUCAAAGUUUUCUGUACAGAGUAUUUUAAUCUCAUUUACUGGUAAAAUGAUUUUGGGGAUUCAUGGAAAUUGGUUAUGCUUACAUUGGGGGCUGGUGGGGAAAGAGCUUUGGCUGACACCAGGACAACUAGCACACACUUUCAUAUACAGUACAGUACAUGUGCCACUUAUUAUACCGGUACUAACUCCCUUGAUUUGUCACUUUUGACCUUGUUAAUAUUAUUUUUGGUGCUGCCGGAUAAUUUGAUACAGACCAUAGAUUAAGAACUGGGUUCAUUCCUGCUUUCUAUACUGUAUCUGCCUACCAUCAUUACCUGGGUUAUGCAACCUGAAACAUUUGUAUAUUGUUUGGGAAAAAAAAAUGUUUUGGUCAGGCUGUGGGACCAGUCAUCAGGAAGCUAAUAGUCUGCAAGUUGAUUCAUAACGGAUAAGACGAGUAAAAAUACAGAUAACUCGCACAAGUGUGGAACUUGGCCGUAACCCAUUAUUGACGAUGAUGAAUGUAGUACAGUGAGAGGUAGAAUAUUAAAGGAUAUCUAGUUCUCAAUAAUAAUAAUUACGAAUGAUUUUCAUUAGUAAGUAUUGUAUGCUUCCCGGGCUGUGGGAGAUAUUCAUGUAACCAUUAAAAAGGACUGUGUCAGUGAGGUAGUUAGUUUGGUACCGAUUAAAUUUUACCAGAGAAGUCCCUGUCUUACACCCUCCCACAUAGCCUGUAGUCAGUUGUUUUACCUUCUCAUUAUCACAGCUCUUUCACCUGAAUAAUUUUGGUGGUUACUUUGAUGCCUGAAUAAUUCUUAUUUAAAUUUUUAUGUGAUGAAUUUCUGGCAAAUUUAAACCUAUCAAUGCUCCAAAAGUGCUUGUGUAAAGUUAGUGGCAUAAAGCUAGUGAACGUGUACUAAAUACUCGUAUGUCUGGCUAAAAUCUUGGAUGAGAGUCUAUGACUAUACAGUAAUUGUAAAUUGAGCAAAAUUAUGUUGCUUCUUAUGUGUCUGAGGCAACCACAACUCAUUUUCAUAAAAUUUUACAAAUGCAGACAAGCAGUGAAUGGCCAAGUUAAGCAUGUCCAUAGUAUCUUUCGAGGUUUAUAACAUCUACAUUUUAUGUCCACAAUUUUUGGCUGCUGAAUUGUACUUACAUAAGCAAAUUGAUGCCAGUGAAUGAAAUACAUUACUUUUUAUAACAUAA